AUGGCUUGCACCAGGAGAACCAAAACUUUGGUGUCCACAUGCGUGAUCCUGAGCGGCAUGACCAACAUCGUGUGCCUGCUCUAUGUGGGAUGGGUAACUAAUUACAUCGCCAACAUUUACAUCAAAGUGCCCAUGCCUCUGCCGGAGAGAAAGUUGGAGGGGGACAAAAGAGGAGACACUCUCCGGAUCAUGGAGAGGCUCGAUCGGCUGGAGAAUGUGGUCAACCAGCACAUACAAGAGACUCCAGGGAGGGGAGAGGAUAGUCAGGCGGACACGUCCUUCUCUGAUUCGUCGCUGUUCGCUCACUGGGGUCAGGAUCUGAGUCCGGAGAACCGGCGAGUGGCGUUGAAGAUGUUCCAGUACUACGGCUACAACGGCUACCUCAGUGAUCGUCUCUCUUUAGACAGGCCAACAUCAGACCUGAGGCCUGAAGGGUGCAGAAACCUCACUUAUCCUUUAAACCUUCCUCAAGUGAGCAUAGUGUUCAUUUUUGUGAACGAAGCCUUGUCUGUCCUCCUGCGGUCCAUUCACUCUGCUAUCAACAGGACGCCUUCCCAUCUUCUCAAAGAGAUCAUCCUGGUGGAUGACAACAGCAGUAACGAUGAGCUGAAAGAGAAGCUGCAGGAUUUUGUUUCUGAAACCAACAGCCAGCAUCCAGGAUUCAUUAAGAUGGUGCGGCAUGCCAAGCAGGAGGGUCUGAUCCGGUCCAGAGUGAGCGGGUGGCGGGCCGCUACCGCCCCGGUCGUCGCCCUGUUUGAUGCCCACGUCGAGUUCAACGUCGGCUGGGCUGAACCCAUUUUGCAGAGAAUUCAAGAAGACAGAACCCGAAUCGUCUCGCCAUCGUUUGACAACAUCAAGUACGACACGUUUGAGAUAGAGGAGUAUCCGCUGUCUGCCCAGGGCUUUGACUGGGAGCUGUGGUGUCGCUACCUCAACCCACCCAAGUCCUGGUGGCACAAGGGCAACAAGAGUGCACCGAUACAGAGCCCGGCCCUGAUUGGCUGCUUCGUGGUGGAUAGGCUGUACUUUGAGGAGAUUGGUCUGCUGGAUGAGGGCAUGGAGGUGUACGGGGGAGAAAAUGUGGAGCUUGGCAUCAGGGUGUGGCAGUGCGGCGGCAGCGUGGAGGUCCUGCCUUGUGCUCGCAUCGCCCACAUCGAGCGCGCUCACAAACCCUACACGGAGGAUCUAACGUCGCACGUGCGGCGAAAUGCCCUCAGAGUUGCUGAGGUUUGGAUGGAUGAGUUUAAAAGCCACGUGUACAUGGCCUGGAAUAUUCCCGUGGAGGACUCGGGGAUUGAUAUCGGCGACAUCUCUGAGAGGAAGGCCCUGAGGAAGAGGCUGCAGUGUAAAACCUUCCGAUGGUACCUGGUCAACAUAUACCCCGAGAUGAGGAUGUACAGCGACACCAUCGCAUAUGGAGCACUGAAAAACUCUCUGAAGAACGACCUGUGUCUGGACCAAGGACCUGACAACGACAAUGUUCCAAUCCUGUAUCUCUGUCACGGGAUGACGCCUCAGAAUGUUUACUACACCAGUACCCAGCAGCUGCAGGUCGGGCUCCUCAGUCCCACUGUGGACGAUGACGACAACAAGUGCCUGGUGGAUGUGAACAGCCGACCUCGCCUCAUCGAGUGUAGCUACGCCGCGGCCAAACGCAUGAAGCUCCACUGGCUCUUCACUCAGGGAGGAUCCAUUCAGAACAGGAAAUCAAAGAGAUGCCUGGAGCUCGUGGCGAGCAGCGACAAUGAGUUCGGCUUCCAACUGGCUCUGCAGAAAUGCUCUGGACAGAAGUGGUCCAUCACAAAUGUUCUGUUUAGCAGCUUAUUAUGA